AUGGAUCCCACCGCUGCUAGCAACGACGCCGACAACAAAAACACCCGCGGCCGUAGGGCCCCAAGAACAGCAGAAGAAGAAGCAGCUGGCCAAACCCUCUACAAAUUCUGGGUCAGGGCAUGGGAGGAGCACGAUGCAGCCUUGGCCUUGCAAGAGAUGCGCAUCCGAGCCUGGGUGGACGUUACACAUCUGCCAACCACAGAGGCCUCUCGGUACCGGAACUACGUGCCUACGGCAGAGCCACAGCUGCGACGUGGGACCUCAGACGACACUGAGAGUGAUACGGAGGAUUCCACGGCCCCGUACCCGGGAUUGAACACUCGGAGCUCAACGGACGGCCUGAGCUCGAGGACUUCCUCGAACACAUCGACAGAGAAAUCUGUUCAAGUGAAGGGCGAUACCCAGGCUCACAACACCAAGGCUAAUAUAGGCGGGCCCAGCAGAGGCAACAAAUCAAUUGGCAAGGAUGCCUUUUAG